UUUGGUUAAACUUGAAAUGAAAUGUUUCCGAAUGAGUCUUGUCUCAGUCACCACCGCAAGUUCCUCCGAGCUCUUUCUCUAUCGCACUCUCUAUCAUUCUCACGUUUUCUCCUUCCCUCUGCACCGCCGAUUUCAACCACUCUCCUCCUCCGCCGUACUCCGUCGUCUUCCCCCGUGCCGCGCUACCUCCCCCGGUUCUCCGCUCCCACCUUCCGAUAACGAUUCAAGCAACCUUAAAGGAGCAGAUGUUGGUGCAUCUUUAUCCAAAAUUCAAGAUAGGAUACAGAUAUUCUUUGCUGUUCUUUUCUGGUUGUCUCUAUUCUUUUGGGCUUCUGCCUGGGAUGGGAGGAAUAGACCAAACAAGGGAUCAAGAUUUAGAAGAUAAAAUAGUAAGCAUUUAAUUUGUAUAUAUGAAAAAUGUAUCUUAGUGGGACAGAAUUAUACAGCAAAAGGAAAAAAUUAUGCAACUGUGUCGAAUAAGUGUUAUUCUCCGUAAAGUUUUCUUGUGCUAUGAUUACUUCUGUCAGAAGUAGUUUGAGUGAUACUCUGUUCUCCUUUUCUUUCUGAGUGUUUUAUCAGCUAAUUGAAAUAUCCUCAAAUUUUGAA